AUGUACUUCACCCUUAACUUCCUCGUCACCCACCUCCCUAACUCUCUUCGCGCAGUUAGGGAUCACUUCAUCGCCCUUGACCCCACCGAGCUCACUGUCGACUUGCUGGAGAAUCAGCUCCUCGCGGCUGAGACUAGUGCCGUAGCUGUCGCUGCAUCUCGUUGCACUCCAUGCACUCCCUUCUUUGAGGGGUGUUCUCCCUCUCUUCUUGCGCCCUCCAUUGCCUCUGCUGCUGCUGUUGACUUCCUUCGUGCUGAGGAGGUUGGUGCUGUAUCUGCUCCUAGUGGGAGGCGCCGCAGCGGCAAGGGCAAGGGGGGCAAGGGUGGUGGAGGUGGCGGUGGUGGAGGUGGCGGUGGUGGAGGUGGCGCAAGUGGAGGUGGUGGUGGCGGCGGUGGUGGUUGUGGUGGUGGCGGCGGUGGCGACGGUGGUGGCGUCGGCGGGGGCGGCGGUGGUGGCGGUGGUGGCGGCGGCGGCGGUAGUGGAGGCUCUGGGGGUGGACAGCGGCAGCAGCAGCGCCAGCUUGAGGCACUGACGCCCCAGCAUCUUCGUAAGUGGCUUGUUCAGCGUGGCCCUUCGAGGGGUGGUGUUCGUUGCACGUACAUCAGGCGUACAGGUCCCCGAAUUGGUUUCCCCUAUGGGAAGGUUGGCCACACUGAGCCCCGUUGCUUCUUGCGUCUCGAGGAUGCCUGGCGCACCGAGUACGGUGUGGACGCUGAGAUCCCCAACUGGUUAGGCCUGCUCAGGAAUGGGGUAGACGUCUUCAAUGUUGGCUUUGAUAAGAUUCUUGCUGCCAUGCAUGCUAUGUAUGUUAGCGCUGCUAGUGCUAAGGGUGAAUGUUACUUGUGUGUGCAUCUAGACCCUGGUAUAGAGGCUGCCGCUCUAGGUGCUAGUGCGUCUGCUGUCCAAGGUGCUACUCCUGCUGAGGCCCUGCACACUUUCACACUUGACUCUGGCGCGUCGCGCUGUUUCUUUCGAGAUAGCACCACAGUCACACCGCUCACUGCACCAGUCCCGUCCCCUCUAGCUCACUCUCAGGUCUCCACCUCCCCUCGUUCUCUACGAACUUGCAUGCACUCAUGCCUCCUUGUCUCUGGCCUCCCCAAAUCCCCGCCCCCUCUCCCGCGCUCGCUUGCACCACCGUGUCUUCCCUGCGUCGAGGGGCGGCAGCGCGCCGCUCCUCACUCCUCCUCGUUUCCCCCGACGACUGCUCCUCUGCAGACUCUCCACAUGGACGUGUGGGGCCCAGCCCGCAUCAGUGGACAGGACCGUGAGCGCUAUUUUCUGCUGGUUGUUGACGACUACACGCGGUACACGACGGUCUUCCCCUUGCGCAGCAAGGCGGAUGUCCCUACUGUCUUGAUCCCCUGGAUCCGAACUGUCUAUCACCAGCUCUGUGCUCGGUUCCAGCAGAACCAUCUUGUCCUGCGUCUGCACUCUGACAGAGGCGGUGAGUUCUCCUCCCGUCUCCUUGAGGCUUUUUGUUGUGGAGAGGGCAUCGCCCAGUCGUUCACGCUUCCGGCCUCCCCGCAGCAGAAUGGGAUUGCUGAGCGCCGUAUUGGCUUGGUCAUGGAUGUUGCUCGCACCUCCAUGAUCCAUGCGGCUACUCCCCAUUUUCUGUGGCCGUUUGCGGUCCGGUACGCCGCACAUCAGCUCAACCUCUGGCCCCGUGUCUCCUUGCCGGAGACCUCGCCUACACUGCAUUGGACGGGGGAGGUUGGCGAUGCGUCGGCGUUUCGGGUCUGGGGGUCGCAUACCCUUGUCCGCGAUACUUCCGCGGACAAGCUCUCUUCUCUCGCCAUUCCCUGCAUCUUUCUUGGCUUUUCCACAGACACACCUGGCUGGCAGUUUUACCACCCAGCCUUGCGCCGCGUCUUGUCCUCUUUUGACGUUACCUUUGACGAGUCCGUUUCCUUCUACCGUCUCUUUCCUUACCGCACAUCCCCGCUCCCUCCCCCGCCGCUCUUCCUCGCUCCAGGUCCUCCCCAGGUAGACCCUCUCCCCCCUCAAGGUCCUAUUCCCUCAGCUGAGAGGGGCGACGUUCUUGCUGACGACACAACGACCACUCACCGCUCACCUCGCUUGGAGACCUCUCCGGGUUUUCCGCCUCGACUGUCUUCGCCGCUUUUGCAGCCUGUCGCUGUCGACCCUGGUGCUGCUGUGGGUGGUGACCCUGGGGGUGCGGACGCUGCAGGCGACGCCUCUGGCGGUACUGGUUUUGGAGGUGCUGAGUCUGGGGGUGCUGAGUCUGGGGGUGUUGGUUCUGGGGGCGCUGAGCGUCCUACUGGCGGUUCUGGAGCUGCUGGAGUUGGAGGUACUGGUGCUGGAGGCGACGGAGCAUUAGGUUCUGGAGCUGCUGGAGCUGGAGGUACUGGUACUGGAGGCACUGGAGCUAGAGGUUCUGGAGCUACUGGAGCUAAAGGUGCUGGCGCUGGAGACGUUGGAGCUGUAGUUACUGGUGCUGGAGGCACUGGAGCUGGAGGUUCUGAAGCUACUGGAGCUGGAUGUGCUGGCGCUGGAGACGUUGGAGCUGUAGGUACUGGUGCUGGAGGCACUGGAGGUGCUGGUGCUGGGGGUACUGCACAGCAGCGCCUGCUUUUCGUUCCGCUGCCACCGUCGUCUCUGCCACCACCUGGCUCGGCGCUUCGCCAGGUUCUACUGGCCUUACUCCUCCCUUACUGUGUCCACCGCCUGACCAGUCGCAGCUGCAGUUACAGCCAGGCUCCCCGUUGCCUGCUCCUUCUCCGUACACUGAGCAGACAGACGCUCUUACAGAGCAUCGUGAGCCUGCGUCUCGUCCUGCCUCGCCUGUUCGCGUUGUUCGCACUAGUCGUCGUGUUCCUCGUCCGCGUCCUCCUCCUGUCCCUGGCACUCACACUAUGGCACUUCGUCCUUCCUCUGUUCCACAGCGUGUCUCCUCCUGCGUUCUCACUUCCUGACAUUCCUGACCCUGAGUCCGACCGUGCUCGUACUGCUAGUCCCACAGUCACGCGUGUUCUCGCCACUCUUGUCACCGACCCUGCUUUUGAGUCUGCUGCUGCGUCUGCCUUAGUCGCUGAGCUUGUUGACUUUGCUGUUGCGUGUCGUCUCGACUACUUCGUAUGCGAGUCUUGUCACUGA